ACCCACAGAAAGCCUGCGCUGCUUUCGCAGGGGACAUGGCACGCGAGGCUGCUCAGUGCACGGUCAGAAACGCGGUCGCCGCGCAGGUGGACGGGCAAGUGUGGUCCUGGCGAUCCGGAGCGUCAGUGAUCGACGUGCUGCUGCCUCGCCGCCGGCCCUUCUUUUUACAGGAAAUUGUGUUCAGGAAUUAUUACACAGCUUUCUUGACUGUGCGGAUGCAGCAACAAAACUUCACAAACAAGGGAAGCAAAAGCCGUUCCAGCUGGGUCACCUGCUUACGUAAUUAUUGCCUGAUGCCCAACCCACACACAGAGGAAGGCUCCCAGGAUUACUUCUGUUUCUCCAGGAAUCAGAUGCUUUGCAAUGUGGAUCGGGCGAUUGCCAUGCGGCUGAUUCUGCGCCAGCCUUCUCCAACAUGGCUGCGUUUCAGUAUUGAAGAGCUACAGCUCUGCCCUGGAGACCAAGAGAUCUCUAGCUGUGAUCCAUGGUUGCCAGGCCAACUCUCUCUCUUACCCACACUGGAUGGUAUCAGCAAAGAUUUGCAGUGGCAUCAGGAACAUCAAGCAGCUACAUCAGAGCACCCAGCAAUACCACUUCUAUGUAUUUCUGAUACUAGGAAAGACAAGAAAGGAGUUUGGAGAACUUGCAGAAAGGUUUCUCUGUCUGACUCCCACAUCCAUCACCCAAAGUCUGGCCAGGAAACCUUUGUUUGGUGGAUGGCUGUUAUUAUAGUAGCCUCUUCUACACCCAAGGAGAUGUGCGAGAACCUGGCACAUUUCUUAGGAAUAGCACUGUUUUAUGCAGAUUGGUGCAAAGAUGCUACUAGAAAAAGAUGA